CGCUGCGUUUGCGUUUAUUUCUUUGGGCAAGGGUUUAACACUCUCUCUCAUCAUCUUCAAAGUCUUGACCAGCAAAACCCUCUUCUCUCUCCCUCCUUUAUCUCUCUCCCCAAGUCUCUCCCAAAUCUCUCCCACAUGGCAACUUCUCUCCCAUCUCCCUCACUAUCCCCCUCACUACCCUCCACCAAAACCCCAAAAACCACACCCAAAAAGCUCCCCACCCCAUCCGAAAUGAUAGCCCACUAUGAAUCCAAAGGCCUCACCACCCAACAAGCUUCUCUCAGAGUCAUUGAAGACCUCCAGAAAGCUCUCUUUCGGAAGCUCGUUGUCGAAAACACCACUCGGAAGGCUGUCAAUGCUGGGGACACAACUGCAGCUGGGGUUUCGAGUGGUCGAAAAUUGGAUGUGAUUAAUAGUAGGCUAAUGAAUUUGGAUAUGAAGGUGGACACGAAACCUGGGUAUCCGCAGGCUUUGGCUAUCGGAGUUGCUUCGGGUGUGAUGGUUAAUGGGAUUGGUGCUGUUGUGCCUCAUUUGGCAUCCUCUUUCGCCAAUUUGUGGAAUGCUGUUCGGAAUUUUUCUAGUGGCGGUGUUCAAAUUAAGGAAGUGAAUUUUGAUAGCCCUUUCGUUUGAUUGGAGAGGGAAGGGGUUGAAGGUUCCGGUUAUAUAUUUAGUGUCCAGACCUACUAAUGAACUAGGGGUGCUAAAUGGUAGUGGAUAUUGUGGUGUUUAUUGAUUGGUGGAAUUGGAAUUAAUAUAUCCAACUUCAAAACUCAUUCCCAUGAUUCCAUUUGUAGUCGGGUUUAUAAUGUCAAAGUUGGUUUGGAAGGUAUCUCAGCGCGUGAAUCUCACGGACAUGAACCACACUGUCAUGCCUCCCUGCUUAGACAAAACUGGAGAUUGAGUCCGAUUCUCGUUGUGUAUCAUGAUUAAUUUGUGUGUUUUGUGAAUGUUUCUCUGAGGUUCUUGAUCGUUUUGUCUUCCAAUUCUAUGAAGUGUUCUUAACUUUCAAAUUUGCCUAUGCAGCUAUGCGUAGUUUCCCUUCUGCUUAUAAAAAUUUCUGACUCAAAUUGCCUCGGUCUAUUUUUUCCACUAAGACCUGCUCCUCCAAAAUUUUUGAUUCAAAUGUCUAUGUUACAACUAAUAUACAAAAAUGGAGAGCUAUGCCUAGUUUCCCUUCUGCUUAUAAAAAUUUCUGACUCAAAUUGCCUCGGUUCAAAAAUUUCUGAUUCAAAUUGCCUAUGUCUAUGUUGCAAAUAAUAUACGAAAAUGGAGAUGCGGGGUAUCGAACCCCGUACCUCUCGCAUGCAAAGCGAGCGCUCUACCAUGUGAGCUACAUCCCCAAUUGAUGUUUACAUUUUACAGAAAUUUGUAACUUAUCUAGUGCACAAGGAUUUUACUUGGGGAAGAAUUACACAUCAAGCAAAUAGAUGUAUAGAGAUGAUAGUCAACUGAGAGAGAGAGUAGAUGUUUUCAUCAGUAAGGGUGCUUAGUGCUAAAAAAGCGGGGAUUUUUCAUUUGUGUAAGAUUCAAAUGGCAAGACAUUAACGAAUUGUCUAUUAUGGAGUGGCAAGCCACUUGAUUUGAAUGCUAAGCUCGCAACUAUGAAAACAUAUUUUCUACUGAAAUUUGCACUCUAGGGCUUUAGGUUAUGUUCCUCGCCUCUUGAAAGAUAGAAAUUCUACUGCAUUGUAAUUUUGCUUAUUCAGAAAAAUCUGAAUGGAUUGUGUAGGUGAUUCUUUGCCUUGACGUGGCUAUAUAUUUGGAUAUCUAUAUAAUGCUUUGGUUUUGACCCAGCACCUAUAUAUAUUCACUAUAUACUGUACGGAUCUGAUCCCUAAUGUGCUUUUAAAUUGUUUUUAAAUUUUACUGGAAUUAUUAUUAUUAUCAUUAUUAUUAAAAGCUAGGGAUGUGUAGAGAUGGUGUAAGGUAUAUGGAACCUUAAUUUAUAUGUUUGUUUUAUAAUUAUAUAGACCCACAUUGUCUUUAUGUGAAAAUCUCAUCGUAUUGUAGUCUAAUAUUAAUUUAUGAUAGUGUUGCAGUAGCACUGACGAUGAUCUUGAUCUUAGACAAUUCAGAUGCUACUGCAACAUAUUGUUUUGUAAAUCAUAUUCUAUAAAAUUCACUAUCCUUAAAAAUCUUCAUAAAUAUGAAUAUGUUGCAUAUAAUAACACGGCUUGUUGUUUGCUGAAUUUACAUGAUUUCGGAUGUUUUACUAGCAAAAUAUCAUAAUUAUAUUUUCUGUUGUUCAAAAUAUGUUAUUGCUUACAUAACAUAUAGUCUCCGAUAUCUCCUGUAAAAUAAAAAUAGUGACCGUCAUAUAAGUUUUUCUUAUCUUCUUUAUUUAUAAAAGGCUUGAUAGUUACUCGGAAACUUGAUUCUGCAUAUGUUCAUAUUUUAAGUUAUAAAAGCCUUGAUAGUUGAUCAAUUCCAAAGAUUUAUUUUGCAUAUGUUUUUAUUUAUAACUUACAUAUAAGCCUUAAUAGUUUGCAUUGGGAAGAGAGGAGGCUAGUACAUGUUUAUAAUUUUUUAAUAUUUAUUAUUAUAUCAACCCAAAUUUUGGUUUGUAAAAACAAUCAUCUUAUUUGUAUGGCCUGGCAUAACUUAAUUAUAUAAUCGCAGUAGCACUGGCAAAUAAUCCCCUUGAUAUUAGACACUUCAGAUGGUAGAACCGGAUUGAAACCCUGCUGCGACUAACCUUUUUGCUGACUCUAUGUAAUGUGCUUCUGUUCCUCACUAUGUAAUGUGCAACAACCUUAAUAAUAUAUUCUGGGGCUUAAACCCAC